AAAGUUCAAGGGUCAUUAGGUCGCCGAAAUAAUGUAGUGAAUAAAUGUUUACAGUUUUACACUGAUGAUGAUCUACUCCUGUGUUACAGUAGACGUAGUGUAUAUUGAUAGACUUGUUACUAGAUUCUAGAUCUUUAAUAGAUCUACAUCUAUCCAAUUAGAUCUUUUUUUUUAAAUAUAUGAAUUCAUCGUUCAGAACAAAGUCAAGACAUGGUUAUUCGGUUAAAUUUUCUCCAUAUAUGCACAAUCGUUUGGCGUGUGUCUCUUCCCAGUAUUAUGGAAUAGCAGGAUGUGGUACAUUAUAUGUGUUAGAUAAUCAGCCUAACCAGAUAGCUCUAACACAAAUCUACGAAUGGAAUAAUGGCUUGUUUGAUGUUGCAUGGGCUGAGAACAAUGAAAAUAUUUUAGUAACUGCAGCAGGGGAUGGCUCAUUACAGGUCUGGGAUGUUACACAGCAACAGGGGUUACUUAAAAUAUUUAAAGAGCAUGAAAAGGAGGUGAAUUCUGUUGACUGGAGCCAAACAAGAAAUGAACAACUAAUUCUUACUGGAUCUUGGGACACAUUUGUUAAAUUAUGGGACAUUACUCAAGACAAAUCAUUAGCUACAUUUGGUGGUCAUAGUUCAAUUGUAUAUAAUGUUUCCUGGUCACCACAUGUACCUGGUUGCUUUGCCUCUUGUUCUGGUGAUCAUACUCUUCGUGUAUGGGACUGUAAAAAUCCUCGAAGCUGUGCAAUUAUAAUACCUGCCCAUGAUGAAGAAGUUUUAGCAAGUGACUGGUGUAAAUAUAAUGAGUACACUUUAUUUUCCGGUAGCGUUGAUGGAAGUAUCAAAGGCUGGGACAUAAGAAAUCCUAUGAUUCCUAUUAGUUACUUACAAGGGCAUAAAUACUCAGUAAGAAGAAUAAGGGCUUCACCUUUCAAUGGUGCUAUAUUGGCUUCAGCUUCUUAUGAUUUCACUGUCAAGUUAUGGAACAUACAGAAACAAAUUUGUCUACAAACAGUCGAAAACCACUCUGAGUUUGUUUAUGGCUUAGAUUUCAACCUUCACAUACCUGGCCAGAUGGCUGACUGCAGUUGGGAUGAACUUGUCCACAUCUAUCACACAGAACCAGUUUUUUAACUAUAAAUACAGUAUGGUAGCAGAAAUUUUAUAAUAAACUCUAAUGACCAAGAAAUGCUUUUUUUUUGGGAAAUAUAAAAUCAGUUUUUAAAGCUUA